AUGAUGGGGAAAAGACAACGGAUCACACUGCUUGCUUUGGCAACCGCCUUUCUGGCAACGCCGGUCGUCACACAGCGACCCCAGCUCGGGGCUGUUCCCUACGGUGUCGAGAUCCGAUCCUGCACACGGCCGAACAUGGUGGCCCUGACCUUCGACGACGGUCCCUCUCACCUGACACCGGACCUUUUGGAUCUCCUCGACGAACAAGGCGUGAUGGCGACAUUCUUCCUGAACGGCAACAAUAUGGGCGAAGGGCCCAUCACCGACCAGAGUCUCGGGCAUGGCUCUGUCAUCAGGCGCAUAUACCAGUCCGGCCACCAGAUUGGCAGCCACACCUGGAGCCAUACAGACUUCAACACGAUCUCGGACGACCAGCGUUGGGACGAGCUCGUGGAGCUGGAUGCUGCUUUGCUGGGCAUCAUCGGGAUCAAAUGGGACCUUGACACCAACGACUGGAAGCAAGACGAGCAGGCGUCCAGGGACACGUUUUCACAGACCCUCGAAUGGCAAAAUUCGGCCAUUGUCCUGGCCCACGACAUCCACGAAAUGACUGUCUACAGUCUCGCCGCGUACAUGAUCUCCACGGCCAGGGCCAAGGGCUUUUCUCUCGUCACCGUGGGAGAAUGUCUCGGCGACCCGCGGGGGAACUGGUACAGGACUGGCGGCUCCUCUUCGAGGACAAACACCAAAAAUUUCCAGAAGCAGCGGCAAAAUCUCCAAGAGGGGUCUUCGUCAGCGACGCCAGUGUCACCGGACAUGGUCACUUGGGCAAGCUCGAGUGAUCUCAGCGCCAGUGUCGGCCCAUCCGUGUCCGCGGCAGCAGAGGAUAGUGACGCAUCGAGAAGUAGCGACGACAGCACAGAGGGCAACAAGAGAUCCCCGUCGACAGGACUCCGCAGUCCGAUCAGCAGCACGAUGAGCGGCGAGGACCGGAAGACCGAGCUUCUCUCUUGCGUUACGUCGUUUUUCCGCACGGCGCUCAUAUGGACCUCUUGUGACGAAUCGGAUCUGUCAUGCUGGUGUGCAGAUGCCAAUCGGGAAACGCUGGCCAAAGGCAUCACCGAAUGCUUCAACGAGAACGAAAACUGGGACGAGGGCGACAUUAGGCGCUUGAUGAGCUCCUAUCAAACAGUCUGCGAUAUUGCAGGCGGCAUCGUCGCCAGACAGCCCACGCCGAUUUUAUCAGUUGGCGAUACCACCAAGACAGACAGUCCUCGCCCAACGGGCAGCCUAAAGUCAGGCGAGGGGGAUCUCAUCGCCGUACCACCACCAGCCCCUUCUAACAAUGAGAUUCCACUAGCGGCAAAGAUUGGCAUGGCUGUCGGAUUUCCUGUGCUCGGCUUGCUUUGUGCCAUCCUCGUCUGUCUCUACAUCCGCGAGAGGAGACGAAGGAAAGGACUUGAAUGGACCACUACAUCUACUGCGACAACGACGCCAAGGAAGGAUAAGCGCUCAUCGCUAGGCUCGAAGCGAACCACGGGGACGACGAUGAGUCUCGCCGGCGCAAGUCACCACCACGCCGGACGACAUGAUAGUGUCAGAGGGACACAAGGCAGUCACUCAGACAUGAGGCGCUCGGACAGUGGCGUCUGGCGGCCGAGCAGGAGUGAGCAGGAUGUUAUCAGCCCGAGCUCGGGGGAGAGCGGCCAGGGGAAGAAGAGCUUGGGGCGCGUGUUGGAGGAGCCGCCCCGGCCGAGCUAUUUCCAGGAGCUGCCGUCGUGA